UCAUCUCAAUGAAGAUGUUCGUCAAUGUUUGAUCUAUGAUUCCAAUAAACAAGAUGCGAGGCUGAUCGGUGUCGAGUAUAUAAUCUCGGCCAAAGUUUUCUUGACUCUUCCCGAGGAAGAAAAGAAGUACUGGCACUCUCACGUCUACGAGGCGAGUAAUGUCAAAUCAGGAAUUUUGAUCCUCCCGUUUGGCUCGGCAGUUCCCAGUGUUAUCGCUGAUGCAACAGAGAAAAAGGUCAUGGAAGGCUUCGUUAACACUUAUGGAAAGACCUGGCAUUUCUGGCAAGUUGACCGUGGUGAUCCCCUACCAUAUGGUCCUCCGCAACUGAUGAUGUCAUUCACCGCGGAUAACCAGAUCUCACCAAAAUUACUCGAAGAUCGCGAUAAGAGAUUCAAAGUUUCCACCGAGGAAAAACGUAAGGAACGUAGUGACAUUAGUCUUACCUACAACGUCGACCGUAAUGCCGAUCAUUGGACCCAUAGGGAUGACGGAAUGGCGUAUC